AGAGAAAGAGACAGACAAAAGCAGCUGAGAGGAGGGAAGGAAGCAGGAGUCUCUUUCUCAGUCAGACUCUCUACCUUAACAGCUGUGUUGAAAAAGAUGCCUCAGGUGACUCAAAGAAGUGGAUGGGAAGCAGCAGUCCUAUUUUUCAGCUUGGUUUCCCUUUGUGUAUCCCUACCCUUAUGGAGCGAUCGGGACUCCCUCAUUGAAAAGGAGAAUGCUCGGCGGACUGGGGGCAACCUUGUGCUGGGGAAACGUGAGGAAAAUGUGAACCAGAAGCUCAUGCACCUCAAGGAGGUGGAAGUGGCUGAAGCGAUGCGCACAGGGCUCUUUCCGCCCAGCAUGCAUUUCUUCAAGGCCAAAGCCCUCAUUGACCAGAGUGCUGUGUUCAGUAUCUUAAAGCAGAUGCCAAAAGGUGGUGUUUUACACCUGCAUGACUAUGCCAUUCUGAGUGCCGACUGGCUGGUAAAGCAUGCCAGCUACCUUCCUGAUUGUCACAUCUGCUUCUUCCCUUUGGGGGACGUCCGGUUCAAGUUCUCAGAGUCUCAUCCUCCUAAGGAAGUGCUGCCCGGUUGCUCCAACUGGAUAUUGCUAGAGACCUACCGCCAGACUCUGCCCAAUGUGACUGAAUUUGAUAACAGUUUGUUGAGGAACCUGACUCUGGUAUCAGAUGCCCCAGAGGUGACCUAUCCAUCCCAGGCUUCUGUUUGGAGCAGAUUUGAAAAUGUCUUCAUCACUGCCUCUGGUCUUAUCUGCUACGCACCUGUGUUCAAGGCCUAUUUCUAUCAGGGUCUGUUGGAGCUCUAUGAAGAUAACAUACAGUAUGUGGAGAUCCGAGCCAUGCUGCCACCGCUCUAUGAGUUGGACGGGACUCAGCAUGACAAGAGCUGGUCUGCGGCUGCCUAUCAAGAGGUGGCAGAGCAGUUUGUCAAGGACCACCUUGAUUUUGUUGGUGCAAAGAUUAUCUACUCGGCCUACAGAAACCUGAACAUUUCCCAGAUUAAAGAAGCUGUGUAUACAGCCAUGGCACUCAGGGCCAAAUUCCCAGGCACUGUGGCAGGCUUUGACCUGGUUGGCUGGGAGGAUGGUGGAAAAUCCCUUUGGGAACUAAAGGAAGCCUUGACCAUUCCACAGUCUCUAGGAGAGAAUUUGCCAUACUUCUUUCACGCUGGUGAAACUGACUGGGAGGGCACCCCUGCAGAUAAUGAUGUCUUGGAUGCUGUGCUAUUGAACACCAGCCGGAUUGGCCAUGGAUUUGCCCUUGCCAAGCAUCCGGUAGCUAGGAAGUUGACUCUGAAGAUGGAUAUUCCUGUAGAAAUCUGCCCCAUCUCUAACCAGGUCCUGCAGUUAGUAUCUGAUCUGAGAAACCAUCCUGCUGCUCUUCUGAUGUCAGAAGGCCACCGUAUCGUGGUGAGUCCCGAUGAUCCAUCCGUCUUUGGAGCGAAGGGUGUGUCCUAUGACUUCUACGAAACGUUUAUGGGCAUAGGAGGGAUGUCUGCUGAUCUGAGGACUUUAAAACAACUCGCUCUCAACUCACUAACACACAGCACCUUGCUACCUGAUGAGAGAGCCAAGGCACUGGAGAUCUGGCAAAAAAAGUGGAACAAAUUCAUUGUUCUGGUUUCUGACCCUGUCCCAGAGGAACUAUAGGAAAGAACGCCUCUCCCUCAAAGCUGUAACAAACUGGAGUUAAGAGACACAGCAGGAGUCCUUUGCCUUUGCAGCGCUGUCACCUGUAGCACAUCUAGUAGAUGGUGGCAAUAGGUAAUAUUUCU